AUGUUGAAAGUCGCUCCAGGUCGCUCCUCAAAGCUCAACAGGCAGGUGGUGCUCUACCUCCUCAAUAGCUUCAAGCUCAAGGUGGUCAAUCCCUCGGUUAAGGCGUUCAUCUUUGCUUACUUGUACGUGGUGCUUCCGAAAGUGAUUAACCAUAUCAUUGUGUCGAUCAGAAAGCGUCGGAUCAACGAGAUCUUACCCAGGACUUUCAAGAUUCUUGUCAAUGCGUUCCACCCCAAGAAGUUCCCCAUGUUUGCUGCUAACUUGGUGGCGUGUAUCAACAUCUUGGAGCCUGUCGCGUAUCGGGUGUUGAGAAAGCACAAGGGUCCUGUCAACGCCAUUUUCUUGUCGACUUUCGUGUCGUCGUUGGUUUCGGCUUUGAUCGCGUUCCCGGGAUACCAGAACCAUAUCUUGGGAUACGGAAGAUACUUUUCGUUGGAUCUCACCCUCUUGUUGGUCACUAGAGCGGUGGAUACCGCGUUGUCUUCGUCGUUGUCGGGUUCAUUGCCGUCCCAAAUGGCCGGUCUUGGUGAUGGAGGUCUCUUCAUUGGCUCGUGUAUUUUCAUCAUGUAUGCUUGGUUCUUUUACCCGGAAAACUUGCCUCCAGCGUACGCCAAGUGGAUCACCUCGGCUGCAAACAUGGACCCGGAGCUCAUUACCUUGUUGAGAGCUGUCAAGCAGAAAACCAUGAAGUAUGGGGAGUAUACCCCAGGAUUACAGGAAGAGUUGUAUCCUUACUGUGACAGGUACGGUCAGGACCGUAAAAGAAUCAACAUGAAAGAGACGGUGCCAAUUGAUUGUGAACUCGUGCAUGCUUUCCAAACCAAAAACUGUGAGCUACAUGCGUUGUGGAGAUUUUGGAGAGGGUUUGAGUUUGCCAUCAAGCUCUACGGACCUUUGAAUGCCAUCAUGCUCUUGAUUCCCAAAAAGAAUGUCACCAUGCAAGUGAGAAUUGUGCGUGCCAUCCAAUCUUCCUUGAGAUCCUCGUGCUUCUUGGGAACCUUCAUUGGUUUCUACUGGUAUGCGGUAUGCUUGGCAAGAACCAGAGUUCUUCCUAAGGUAUUCCCUAAGGUCGCAAGAGAAAGGUGGGACGACACCAUUGCCCCCACCGCCGGUGCCAUUGCCUGUGGCUUUUCGUGCUUCAUAGAAAACAUCCAGCGUCGUAAGGAGUUGGCUUUGUUUGUGGCUCCAAGAGCCUUGGGAACCUUUGUACCUUCGGAACCCUCCAAGAUCAACUUAAAAAUCGAGAGCUUGGUAUUCUCGCUCAGUUUGGCAACCUUGGUUGCGUACUCCAGAAGCGAUGCUUCUAAGGUCAGAGGGAUUUUCGGAAAAGGUUUACAACAGGUGUUCAGAAUAUCGUCUUACGCUUGA